AAUUUGACCCACAAUAUGGUGCAGAAGAGAGAAAGGCAGACGAAACGAAAUUUCUUCCGCACGUCGGCCACCACAACGUAUUGAAUUUGACUUUAUACAACUGACACUAUUUUUUUACCAACCAACUCUCUCACAAUUCGCGACAGAUAAGCGGGCAGGAGGAGGAUUGAGGAAACUUUGAUUUUUGUAAAUUUUGCAAAAUUUGUACUUUGUGGGACACGAAUUUGGAGGAGGGUGUGAACGAAGGGGAUCCAAUUUGGAAUAAGGACGGACGGAGGUACACUUAUGUACAGGCUGGUGUGUGUUUUGCAUCGGAAAGGAAAAGUUUGUGUGGGAAAGAAAUAAAGACAGUUAGAAGGCUCAAUGGACAAGGAAAAUAUGGACGGAGAUGCUGGAGAAUCGGGUGGCGACCAACAGCCAGCAACAGCUGAAGGUGCCGAGUCUGGGAAACGUGAGCUUACUGCGGCUCAAAAGAAGAGAGAAAAGUUGAAACAGAAGAAAGAGUUGGCUAAGCAAAAGGGCGGAGAAGAAGGAGGAGAUGGCGAGUCAACGACGGCUGCAGGUCAGGAGGAUGAUAAGGCUAAAGAGCAGAAGAAACCUGCCGCAGCGAAAAAAGGUGCAAAAGAACCGGAAAAGCCGAAACCGAGGAAAGGUGGUCCUUCUGCGGCUCAAAUUGCGGCGAUUCAAGAAAACAUCCGGAAACAGAGGGAAGAGGAGGAACGAUUGUUGAAAGAAGAGGAAGAAAAGAUCCGUCUCUUGGAAGAAUCGGAGAAUGCAAGACUUGAAAAGCUGCGGCUCGAGCAAGAAAAGAAGGAAAGAGAGAAACGCAAGAAGAAGGAAAAAAUUGCACGGCUUAAAGAACAAGGUCUUCUUUUAACCGAGAAGGAAAAGCUUGCCAAACAACGAGCCAAGAUCACACUGGAUGCUUUAAAAGCUCAAGGUUUCGAAGUCCCUGAGGCUGGAAAGGGUGGGAAAACAUCACGAGCUGGAACUCGAGUUCGUCCCAAGAAACAAGUUCAAAGUCAAACAUCCACCGAAGAACAAUCUGCAUCAGGCGAGGCCGGAGGAGAGGACAACGAAAAUGCUACGCCUAAAACCCAGGAAGAAAUUGAAGAGGAGCAAGCACGAAUUAAAGAAGCUUGGGAUCAGGAAUCAGAGACUGACGAGGAGAAAGAGAUUAAACGUCAAAAAGAAGCGGAGGACGGCGCCGCCUCCAAUGAUGAAGUCUCAAAGAGCAGCGAAAUCAACGAGGCCGGAAGUGAUGGUGAAAAUCUCGAUUCCCUUUCUCAAGACGACGAGACCGGCAGCGUGGCUGUGAUUGAACCAGUGUCGGAAGUUCCUGAAAAGAAGGAAAUCAAAGAGAAAGAACCGGCCGACGUCCGUAUUCACAAACGACGCGAAGAGAAUCAAAAGGCUCGCACUUUGAAGAACUUACGCUCCCCGGUUGUCUGCGUUUUGGGCCAUGUCGACACUGGGAAGACAAAAAUCCUUGACAAAUUGCGGCGUACUCAUGUACAAGAUAACGAAGCGGGUGGAAUCACCCAACAAAUUGGUGCUACCAAUGUGCCCAUCACUGCAAUUAAAGAGGCUGCCAAAUUUGUUAAGGGUUUCGCAGAUUUGGAGAUGAAGGUCCCAGGCUUGUUGAUCAUCGAUACACCGGGUCACGAGUCGUUCAGUAAUUUAAGAUCCCGAGGUUCGUCCCUUUGCGAUAUUGCCAUUUUAGUCGUUGACAUUAUGCAUGGCUUGGAGCCUCAAACUCUCGAGUCAAUUAACCUACUAAAAGCAAAAAAGACUCCAUUCGUCGUCGCUCUCAACAAGAUUGAUCGCCUCUACGACUGGCAAUCCAGCCCGAAGCGGGAUGUCCGAGACAUAAUCAAAAGUCAGCCAAAGAUUACCGUCGCCGAAUUUGAUAAGCGAUCCAAAGAAGUGAUGGUCCAAUUUGCGGAACAGAGUUUAAAUGCUGCUCUAUUUUAUGAUAACCCUGACCCUAGCACCUACAUCUCAAUGAUUCCAACCAGCGCAGUGACUGGAGAUGGGAUGGGAAACCUGAUGGCCUUAAUUGUCGAGCUUUCUCAAACAAUGCUUGCCAAGCGACUCAUGUUCUCGAAGGAGCUGCAAGCCACGGUUCUGGAGGUGAAAGCAAUCCCCGGUUUGGGCACCACCAUCGACGUGAUUUUGAUCAACGGAUUCCUCCGCAUUGGAGAAACGAUCGUCGUGGCUGGGACGGAGGGUCCGAUAACGACACAAAUCCGAUCCCUCCUCACGCCCGAUGGGAUGAAAGAACUCCGAGUGAAGAACACGUAUGUCGAGCAUAAAGAAAUCAGUGGAACAAUUGGAGUCAAGAUUGCUGCCAAAGAUUUCGAAAAAGCUAUCGCCGGUCUGAGCUUGGUAGUUGCUCAUCAAUCCGAUGAGGUGGAGUUUGCCAAGGAGGAGAUUACCCGUGAGUUGAAGACUGCUUUGAACUCGAUCCGUCUUUCCGAACGGGGGGUUUAUGUCCAGGCUUCAACUCUUGGAUCGCUGGAAGCUUUACUUGAAUUUUUGAAGGUUUCCCAAAUUCCGUACUCUGGCAUUCGCAUUGGGCCCGUGGUGAAGAAGGAUGUCAUGAAGGCGUCCAUAAUGUUGGAGCAUGACAGUCAGUACGCGGUGAUUUUGGCGUUCGACGUAAAAAUCGAGAGAGACGCUCAAGACUUGGCGGACAAUUUGGGAGUGAAGAUUUUCCAGGCGGAUAUCAUCUAUCAUUUAUUUGAUAAGUUUACAGCCUACCGGGAUGAAUUAAAGGCGAAGAAGAGAGACGAGUUCAAACAUAUCGCCGUCUUUCCAUGCAAAUUGAAAAUCCUUCCCCAGUUUAUUUUCAACACCCGUGACCCAAUCGUCGUGGGCGUUGUUGUUGAAGCUGGCGUUGUCAGGGAAGGAACUCCGAUAUGUGUUCCGAGCAAAGAGUUUGUAGAGAUUGGGCGAGUGACGAGCAUUGAAAUUAACCAUAAGCAGAUGGAAAAGGCAACCAAAGGACAGGAAGUGUGUAUUAAGAUCGAGCCAGCUGGGGAUAGUCCAAAAAUGCUUGGCCGUCAUUUUGAGGAAACGGAUGUCUUGGUGUCCAAAAUUACCCGAGAGUCAAUCGAUGCGUGCAAGGAAUACUUUCGAAAUGAUCUUUCCAAAACGGACUGGCAACUUAUGGUCGAAUUGAAGAAACUCUUCCAAAUUAUGUAGUCGCCCUACCACAAUUAUUAUGAAAUUCCUCCUCCACCGUAGACAACAAAAUCUUCGUCCUCAUCUUCACACAUAUUAUUAUCAUUCAAUAAUUUUUCUAUUUCUUAAAUUCUAAAUUUUCGUGCGUUGCAGCACCAGCAAGGAAAUGAGAUAAUAAAAAACCCUUCUCCUUCCUAUAAGGAGGGAAGAAGAACGAGUUAUAUUCA